CUUAUUCUUCAUCUUCCUUUGGCUCGCGACUUCUCCUUUCUUAAUGGAAGCUUAAGCCUUUUGAUUCUCUCUCUCUCUGAUUGUUACCUUCUCUAGCUCGCUCGUGAUUCCUUCUUACAUCAGCUUGAAGACAAUGAUUCAGCUAAAGGUUUACGCAGGACUUAGUACCUUGGCAGCAUUAGCUGUGAUUUACCAUGCUUUUAGUAGCAGAGGUCAAUUUUACCCAGCGACUAUGUAUCUAUCAACGUCCAAGAUCAAUUUGGUGGUUCUUCUCAACAUGGGUUUGGUUCUAAUGUUGAGUUUAUGGAAUCUAGUCAAAAUUGUGUUUCUGGGUUCUCUUAGAGAAGCUGAAGUUGAGCGUUUGAAUGAGCAAGCGUGGAGAGAACUCAUGGAGAUUCUAUUUGCAGUCACUAUUUUUAGACAGGACUUCUCUGUUGGGUUUAUUUCUUUGGUUGUGACUCUUUUGUUGAUCAAGAGUUUGCAUUGGAUGGCUCAGAAGAGAGUGGAGUAUAUUGAGACUACUCCUUCUGUUACUUUGCUCUCUCAUGUUCGUAUUGUUUCUUUUUUGGUUUUCCUUCUUGUCUUAGAUUGUCUCCUUACGUAUAGUUCUAUACGGCAAUUGAUUCAGUCUCCAAAAGCUUCUAUGUCUGUUUUCUUCACGUUUGAGUAUAUGAUUCUGGCAACAACAACUGUUUCGAUUAUUGUAAAGUAUGCCUUCUAUGUCACUGAUAUACUCAAGGAAGGUCAAUGGGAAGGAAAACCAGUAUACACUUUCUAUCUAGAGCUUGUUCGUGACUUGCUUCACUUGUCCAUGUAUCUUUGCUUCUUCCUUAUGAUAUUCAUGAACCAUGGCCUUCCAUUGCAUCUGAUACGGGAGCUCUACGAAACAUUCAGAAACUUCAAAAUUCGUGUGACCGAUUACCUGCGUUAUCGCAAAAUCACUUCUAAUAUGAAUGAUAGGUUUCCUGAUGCCACUCCUGAAGAACUGAGUUCAAAUGAUGCCACUUGUAUCAUAUGUCGUGAAGAAAUGACCACAGCAAAGAAAUUAGUAUGUGGCCAUCUAUUUCAUGUGCAUUGUCUUCGGUCAUGGUUGGAACGACAAAACACAUGUCCCACCUGCAGAGCACUGGUUGUGCCAGCUGACAAUGCUACAUCAACCGCUUCCGGAAACCGUGGAGCACCCCAAGAAUCCCUGCAGCAGGGAAUUGGUACUUCAAGUUCAGAUGGCCAGGGAUCUUCAGUAGCUGCUGCUGCCAAUGAGAAUAUGAGCAGACACGAAGCUAGGUUACAGGCUGCUGCUUCAGCAGCCUCCAUAUAUGGGAGAUCCAUUGUGUAUCCAUCUUCUGCAAACACACUAGUAUGGCCUCAAGGUUAUCCUCAGGCGGAGCUAGAAGCGCAGAGGAGUUAUUUCGAGUCCCAGAUCGAGGUCUUGCAAAACCAACUUCAUCUUCUGGAGAAACCGACAACUGUAGAUACGAAAGGAAAGUCUGUCGCGGAAACUGCAGAAAUGAACCAUUAAAGAACUCUGAUAAAGACAAGUGAAACAGAAGUUUUAGGAUUUUGGAGUAAAGAGAGAAACCUCAGAAUGUGUGAAUUGUUUUUGCUAUAGAGAGGAUAUAAGAAUGUAAAUGUUGGGUGUCUCAUCAUAGAAGCUUGGAACACAAGUAGCAAAACUGGUCUUUUGUUAACUCUCUUUACCACAAGUAUCUUCUCUAUAUUAGUUUUACACUCUCAUAUUAAUAUAUCACGAACUGUUCUUCCCUUC